GCCAGUAACUCCCAGCUUCGUCUUUCUUUUUACCUUGACCACAACCCACCAGCCUGAUGGCAGAAAAACGAAAAUUUACGAUACCCAGCAUUGACCAAGUGGAACAAGUGCGGCAAGCAAAGCGGUCAACUAGCUUCUUCAAACCACAAAGAAGUAAUGAUUCCUCCAGCAUUGCAUCGUCAACAGCAACAACUGCAGAUAAUCCAACGACACCUGCUGCGCAAUCGUCAUCGUCUUCUGCAACUUCUUUCAAUGCAUCACCUGCUCCAAAAGCAUCAACAACUACCCAAUUGUCUACAAAAGUCACUAAUAUUACGACUUCCGCAAAUACAUCAGCACCAACACGUCCUUCCACCACAACCUAUGCGCGUCCAGCAACAGAAGCAGCAACUCCAACGACAAAUCGGCCCGCGUCUCAGUCACCUUCAACCCACAACAACCAAAGUAACAAUAAUGCAGCCGUACCGCCACCAGUGAAUCGACGUACAGGCUCUGGUAAUACAAUUCUUGUCAAUUACGAUCGUCAAAAAGAAAAUCCCAUUCUGAAACUAGUACACAACGUACCAUGGGAACCUGACGAUGUGAUCCGAUGCGACUUUGCCGUGGGCAAAACGACGGGUGUCUGGUAUCUCAGCUUACGCUACCACCGGCUUAAUCCUGGCUACAUUUACGACCGUAUCGCCGGAGUAGCGCGGACCUAUGUAUUGCGCGUACUGCUCGUCCACGUUGACGUGGAAAACUAUCACGAACCUUUGCGCGAACUCAAUCGAUCUGCCAUUCUACACAACUUUACACUCAUGCUGGCAUGGACGAAAGAAGAAGCGGCUCGCUACUUGGAAACAUACAAAGUAUUGGAAAACACGCCGCCAGAUAUGAUUCGCGAAAAGUCCAAAGAAGAUUACGCAGAGACGCUUGAACGCUGCUUAACCAAUGUGCGUAGUGUCAACAAGACAGAUGUAUUGACGCUGCGGUCACAUUUUCAUUCGCUGAAAGGAAUUGCAAACGCACGGGCGGAUCAAUUGGCAAUGUGUCCAGGGUUUGGUGAACAAAAGGUAAAGCGUUUACAACAAGCAUUUGUACAACCGUUUAUUAUCAAACAAAAAAAGAAAUAAGAAAAAGAAACAUUUCAACA